AUGACGGCAAUCCUCCAACAGCCGUUCCAGACCAUCAACUUCGUGGAGAGAGGCCAUGCGACAAACCUCUUCGUAACAUCCGCCAGCGCAAAGCUCUACUCUUAUGCGGCCGAGACCGGAGAACGGCUCGCAAGCUGGCCCCAGGAUGUAGAUGCAGAUCGCACUGAGGCAGUGGAGGCCGAAGUGUCUCCCGGAAGCCAAGGGCCCCCUGAGAAGAGAAGAAAAGUCUCCGAGUCCUCAGCGCAAGCUGUGGAUAGCUCGAAAUCCACUACUAACGACUCGGCCAAGAAACUGGCCUGGUCGAAUAUCCCCAUCGUGGUCAUCUCUUCUAAUGGAGAGUAUGUGGUUGCGGUUACAUCAGAGGACAAAUGCAUUCGCGUAUUCCAGUUGAGCCCAGAUGGCCGUUUCAAACAAUUGAGCGAGAGAUGCAUGCCCAAGAGGCCAUGUGCUGUCGUCCUAGCCAACGACGAGACCAUCCUGGUGGGCGACAAGUUUGGCGACGUUUACUCCCUGCCUCUCAUUCCCGGCGACAAGCCAUACGUUCCGGCUGUGUCGCUCAGGGGGAAGACGUCGGAAGGACCAGCGGCUACGAAUCUGACUGUGCAUACGAAGCGCAAUCUGAAAUCGCUGCAACAGCAGCUGGAGCAGAAACAAGAAAAGCAGGCCAACGAAAAGACAACGUUGAACUUUGAGCACCAGAUCGUCCUGGGCCAUGUGUCCAUGCUCACAGACAUCGCGUUCGUUUCGCUGCCUUCGUCGAGCCAGAAGCGCACCUACCUCUUGUCGGCAGACCGCGACGAGCAUAUCCGUGUCUCCCGCGGUCCUCCGCAGGCGCACAUCAUCGAGAACUACUGCCUGGGCCACACGGCUUUCGUCACCAAGCUGUGCAUUCCGCAGUGGGCGCCCGAGUACCUCAUCUCCGGGGGAGGCGACAACUUCCUCCUUGUCUGGAAAUGGGCCGAGGGCCAGGUCCUGCAGAAAGUUCCGCUGGUCGACCCCGAAUCUGACGCAACGAUUGCUGUUCGUGGAAUCUGGGCGGCGUCCCUCGGCGCUUCGGAUGCAUCGAGAAUGAUCCUUGUUUCGAUCGAAGGGUCCUCCAAGCUCCGAUCUUUCGUGCUUGGCUCCGACGGUACAUUGAAUGAGCAAGCAUCUAUCCAAGCCUCUGGAAACAUCGUCGAUGUUGCCACCGUUGACAAAGACAGCACUGUUUUCGUGUCUGUUGACUCCAUCCGCAAGGCAGACUCCACUCAGGAAUGGAGCACUGAGCCGUCCUCGACGCUCCUUGAAGCCUUUUCCGCGAAGUCCGAAGCUGGCAGCGUCACGUGGGGACCAUGUGCAAAGGAGAUUGUUGCCAAAAUCAACUCCACUGGCACAGAAGAGGUGUCCGCAGCUACUGAUGUGAAGCAGCAGAAGGAGCUGAAUGAGUCAUUAUAUAACCUGGGGAGUCUGCGGAAACGGGGUGGAGAGGAAUAG